CCCUCCAUCCAUUCAUUGAUUUUCUCUUCUCAUUCCCGCACGCUCGCAGCAGAGGAUCCAGUUUCGAGCAGAGCUUCGCUGUGGAUACGAUACGAGAAUGUCGUCUGAUUCAGUCAGCCAUCUUCAGCUGGUUGUGGAUCGAAUUCUGUCUAGAGGUGCCAGAGAAUCUGCCCCUUCGUUAUUGAAGGGCACGGGCGUUGUUCCAGAUGGAGAUUCGGUGAAUUUACAGCACGAGGUUGAGAAGCUCGGUCACUUGGGCUCUUUGCUGGAGAGUGAAUACAAAUCCGGAGUCAGAUAUGGACUGGAGGACCUCGAGGAUUUUCAGAAGAGUCUUGCUCAUCUCUACUGGCAUGCUCAGCAGCAGAUCGACGCGCAUGGAAAAGAUGAGAACCGAGAAUCAGUCAGGCUUACUGAUGUCGUGGAAAAGCUCUACAAUAUCAAAGAUUGGGUCCAAAAAAUGGAAGACUUGAUGAGAGAUGAGCUUUCUUCGCCUGUAUUAUCGGACUCGGAUGAGACCAAGAAGGACGAAACGCCAUCUACGAGCAGUGUCCAGGACUAGUCGUACACAGUUCCAGUUCAGAACUUUAGUGGGAGAUCAUGCAUAGCAGCUUCAACAAUACUGGAGCCUCGGUAUUAGUGAUAAUUACGCUGCACUCUCACUCGGGACAUUGAUGCUCUCCACGCUAUGCUUGGCAUGCCUAAUAGGCGAUUCUUUAUUUGAUGCAGAUUCCAACGAGUAACAUGAUGAAGUUCAUGUGACUGGUGGAAUGAGCUGUCCGUAGCAUAGACUUGUCCACCAAUCCAAUCUGAGA